AUGAUCCCCAAAGCCACCAAGUCUUUCCCGACCCCAUCACAGAUGCCAGGCAAUAUACCUGCCUCCAAUCUCUCAGACUCAAAACCAUAUGCAGAUUAUACCGAGAACGGCACCAUUGUCGUCAUCAGCCAACCAUCUGGUCAGAGUUGCGCCGUGGUGGGGGGCAUAAUGGCGGCUCGCAUGCAGCAUCUUGGAGCAGAGGGCAUUGUAGUUGACGGCCGUGUGAGGGAUAUUAGUGCUCUGAACCAGACCAAAUUGCCCAUCUGGUCCAAAGCAACAUCUGUGAUUGGGGCGGGGGCCGAGACAAAGUUUCAUGCGCAUAACGUGCCUGUGAAGAUUGGCGAAACGAUUGUCGAGGCUGGCGACAUCAUCAUGAUAGACCCAUUCGAGAAUGGCGUGGUCGCAGUACCACAGGCAAAAGUGGACGAGCUGCUCGAGCUGCUGCCGAAGCUGGUCGAGGCCGAUGAGAAGGUUACUGCAGACGUUGGGAAUGGAGUCAGCGUAGAAGAAGCCUUCAAGCGGCACCGAGCAUUCACAAUGGGUAUCACCGACUUCUUCAGCGACGUCUGGGAGACCUUCUCCCACCCCUCGGCCGACGCCGAGCACCCCGUCCAGGGUGGCACCAGCACCAAAUCGCCCGCUUCCGGCACCGACGAGGAGAGCGGCGACGAGGCCGAGGUCAACAAGCAGGACGCCAAGUCAGGCGGCUCAGAUGAGCAGGGACACAAGCCUUCCGAGGAGUCUGAAGAGGACGAGGACGAGGAGGAAGAGGAGGAGCCAGACCCAAAGGACACGCUUGAGAAGGAAUGCGCUGAGUCCAAGGAAUGCCACGGCCCCAAGCACCACUACGACGAAUGCGCCCAACGGGUAACAGGCCAGAUUGAGGAGAAGGGCAAGGCCGACGAGGACUGCGUUGAAGAAUUUUUCCACCUCGCUCACUGCGCAACCCAAUGCGCCGCCCCCAAGCUCUUUGCUCAGCUCAAGUAA